UGCUUCUAAGUUCAUAUAGUACACACCGCUAAAAUCUGAAUUCCGAUUUUUUCUACGAGGAAAUAGAAAUAUAAUUGUUUCUUCGUUCUUGCUUCUUUCUCAUAAUAUCGCAAUCUCAUAAUUGAACAUUAACAACAAUGAAGGUUCUUUUGUUGGUGUUUGCAAUUUUGUUGAGCUCUGUUCAAUGUUUGUACUUUCAUAUUGGCGAGACGGAACGGAAAUGCUUCAUUGAAGAAAUACCCGAUGAAACCACUGUAGUAUCUAAUUAUAAAGUCGAGCUGUUUGACGUACGGACUGGAGGCUUUACGCCACCCACUCCGGGUAUCGGUAUGAACGUAGAAGUCAAAGAUCCAGAUAUGAAAAUCAUUUUAUCACGGGUUUAUAGUUACGAAGGUAAAAUUUCAUUUACAUCUCAUACUCCAGGCGAACAUACCAUAUGUAUGUAUUCCAAUACUACUGCCUGGAUUGGUGGCACACAAUUGAGAGUGCAUUUGGAUAUUCAAGUUGGUGAUCAAGCUAUUGAUUACGCUCAAGUAGCACAAAAAGAAAAGUUAUCGGACUUGCAGCUAAGAAUAAGACAGCUAGUUGAGCAAGUUGAUCAAAUAAGCAAAGAGCAAAGUUAUCAAAGAUAUCGUGAAGAGAGAUUCCGUCAAACCAGUGAAAGUACUCACCAAAGGGUCUUUUGGUGGUCGCUCACACAACUAUUCAUAUUGUUGGUCAUGGGUUUCUGGCAAAUGCGACAUUUGAAAAGCUUCUUUGAAGCCAAAAAGCUCGUUUAAAUUAAGUUUGUAUACCAACAUAAAAAAAAGAGUAUAAUUGUGAUUUAUAUCAAACAUACUUUUGUACAUUUUGUACAUACUAUUUAGUUGUAUUCAAUAUUAAAUGUUUUUAUUAUUUA